AUGCGGCGCCUUCCCCCCGUCGGCUGCGCAGGCUUCCACGUGAUCCCUUCAGUGUCCAGCAUCGUUCCCGAGAGCUGCCUGCUCAUCGUGGUGGGCCUUCUGGUCGGGGGGCUCAUCAAAGGGGUGGGCGAGAAGCCCCCCAUCCUCAAGUCGGACAUCUUCUUCCUCUUCCUCCUCCCACCCAUCAUCCUGGACGCCGGCUACUUCCUCCCCUUGCGCCAGUUCACCGAGAACCUGGGCACCAUCCUCAUCUUCGCCGUGGUGGGGACGCUCUGGAACGCCUUCUUCCUGGGGGGGCUGAUGUACGCUGUGUGCCAGCUGGGUGGCCCCGGCCUCAACCACAUCGGCCUCCUGGCCAACCUGCUUUUUGGCAGCAUCAUCUCUGCCGUGGACCCUGUGGCCGUGCUGGCCGUGUUUGAGGAGAUCCACAUCAACGAGCUGCUCCACAUCCUGGUCUUCGGGGAGUCCCUGCUCAACGACGCCGUCACGGUGGUCCUCUACCACCUCUUUGAGGAGUUUGCCAACUUCGAGCAGGUGACCAUCCUCGACAUCAUCCUCGGCUUCCUCAGCUUCUUCGUGGUGUCGCUGGGCGGUGUCUUGGUGGGCGUCAUUUACGGGGUGAUCGCCGCCUUCACGUCCCGCUUCACCUCCCACAUCCGAGUCAUCGAGCCCCUCUUCGUCUUCCUCUACAGCUACAUGGCCUAUCUCUCUGCAGAGCUCUUCCACCUCUCCGGCAUCAUGGCGCUCAUCGCCUCCGGCGUGGUCAUGAGGCCCUAUGUGGAAGCCAACAUCUCCCACAAGUCCCACACCACCAUCAAGUAUUUCCUCAAGAUGUGGAGCAGCGUGAGCGAGACCCUCAUCUUCAUCUUCCUGGGUGUCUCCACCGUGGCUGGUCACCACUACUGGAACUGGACCUUCGUCAUCAGCACGCUGCUCUUCUGCCUCAUCGCCAGGGUGUUAGGUGUCCUGGUCCUCACCUGGUUCAUCAACAAGUUCCGAAUUGUGAAGCUGACGCCGAAGGACCAGUUCAUCAUCGCCUACGGGGGCCUGCGGGGAGCCAUCGCCUUCUCCCUCGGGUACCUCCUGGACUACAAACACUUCGGCAUGAGGGACAUGUUCCUCACAGCCAUCAUCACCGUCAUCUUCUUCACAGUUUUUGUGCAGGGCAUGACCAUCCGGCCCUUGGUGGAUCUGCUGGCCGUGAAGAAGAAGCAAGAGACAAAACGCUCCAUCAACGAAGAGAUCCACACGCAGUUCUUGGAUCACCUUCUGACGGGGAUUGAGGAUAUCUGUGGUCACUACGGGCAUCACCACUGGAAGGACAAGCUGAACCGCUUCAACAAGAAGUAUGUGAAGAAGUGCCUGAUCGCAGGGGAGCGCUCCAAGGAGCCCCAGCUCAUCGCCUUCUACCACAAGAUGGAGAUGAAGCAGGCCAUCGAGCUGGUGGAGAGUGGGGGCAUAGGCAAGAUCCCCUCUGCUGUCUCCACCGUCUCCAUCCAGAAUAUCAACCCCAAGUCCCUCCCUGUGGAGCGCAUCCUUCCGGCCCUGUCCAAGGACAAGGAGGAGGAGAUCCGGAAAAUCCUCCGCAACAACCUGCAGAAAACCAGGCAGAGGUUGCGAUCCUACAACCGGCACACGCUCGUGGCCGACCCCUACGAGGAGGCCUGGAACCAGAUGCUCCUGCGGAGGCAGAAGGCCCGGCAGCUGGAACAGAAGAUGAACAACUACCUGACGGUGCCGGCUCACAGGCUGGAUUCGCCCACCAUGUCCCGGGCUCGCAUAGGCUCAGACCCGCUGGCCUACGAACCCAAGGCGGACUCGGAGAACCUGCCCAUCAUCACCAUCGACCCGGCCUCGCCGCAGUCCCCCGAGUCCGUGGACCUGAUGAACGAGGAGCCCAAGGGCUGCAGCGGCCUCCCGCCCUCGCCCGAGGAGGAUGAGGAGGGGCUGGUGAUGCGGGUGAAGGAGCCCUCCUCCCCGGGGACUGACGAUGUCUUCACCCCGGGGACCGGCGACAGCCCCAGCAACCAGCGGAUGCUGCGGUGCCUGAGCGACCCGGGGCCCCGGCCGGAGCCGGAGGAGGGGGAGCCCUUCAUCCCCAAGGGGCAGUAGCUGCUGGCACGAAGCCUCGUUAUCGUUACUCUCUCUCUUCAUUCGUUCGUUCUUUGCUCUCCUUUUUUUGGUUUCCUGUCACUACACACCAGGUUUGGGAAGGGGAGACUGUCCUGGAUGGACUGGGAAUUGCCAGGACAGCUCUGCCCUGGGCUGGCCCCGAUGAGCAGGGAAGGAGCCCCGGGAUGCCCCGGGCUCCUCGGGCGCCGUGGCCUGGGGGUGACGGACGAUUUACUGGGAUUUGCAGGUGCCUCACAGCCCCCACGGGGCUCUCCUAGAGGUGCCCACCCACUCAGGGCCUGCGAGUGGCUCCCUGGGGGGGCUGCGGCCGGCACAGGGGGCUCUGACCAGGGGUGUCCAUAACAGCUCCCCCAUGGCACAGCUUUCCCUCUCCCCAGUUGUGCUUUAUCUGCCCCCUUGCCUUGCUCUGGAGCAGAGGGAUGGGACAACAGGAGCCAGGCUCUGUGUGGGGCUGGCAUACACACACUCCCCCCAGGACCCUCCCAGGGACCUCGGGAUGGUGCCUCUGCUCCCUGCCCUGGCCACUUCCCCCCCAGGGCCAGCUGUACCCAGGAUCCUCCCCCCUGGCCCCACAUUUCAUGCCAGGUCUUGUCAAAUAAAUAUCUUAGAGCCAUGCAAGGGGGGAGCCAGGAUCCCCUUUCGUUGAGCAGCCUCUCCAUCCCUCCUGGAACCACUGUCACCUGUCCCCGUGGGGACUCUCCACCAGCCUUGGCCCCUCGCCCUGUGCCAGCGCGGCAGCGGCUGCUCCUUAACCAAAGACGGGGUCUGGGGUGUGCCAGGGGAGCAUCUCCUACUUGGGGGGGAUUAUUUAUCUCUCCUGCAACCAAGAGGAGCUGGGGGAGAGCUGAGGAACAGCAUGGGGACACGUUGGGAAGUUGGCAGGAGGGGGAUGUCAGUGGGUGCCAGGGGUCCUGGGUUUGGAAGGACCCGUCUUUCCCCCAAAGCUUGGCUGGAGGGAUCACCGAGUGUUUUGGUGAUUUACAGCCCUCCCCGGGCCCAGGGGUGUCCUGCAUCCUGUCUGAGCACAUCACCUCGUCCCCCACGUGCCACCCAGCUCCCACCACGUGGAUGCCAUGUGCCUCCCCUCCCUGGGGAGCCCCCCCAGCCGCUUCCCCCCUCCCCGUGCCGUGCCUUGCCACGCGUCGCCUCUGCCCCGCUGCCUUGGUGGGCACCUGCCCCCCGUGCCCACCCCGCUCCACAUCCCACUGGGACCCCUGGGGGUCCGGAGUGUGCCGGGGUGAGCACCCACGUCGCUGCCUGCGCCUGCCUGCUGCCCUGCUCUGCCUCCAGGAGGGGGAAAAAAAUUACAAAACAACAACAAAAAGCAAUGGA